AUGGCGAAGGCAAAGCCCGUGAAAUCCGGCUCUCAGAAGGCCAUUAACUCGUUCUUCAUUUCGAAAUCCGCCCCCAAAAAGCCCAGAGAACCUAAAGAGGAGGAACCUCAAGAAGAAGACGCUUCAGUCCACUCAGAUGAUGCUUCCGAGGCACAAGACGCGUCCGAUGUCGAGAUGGACGAACCCGAGACGAAACAAAAAAGCACUAAAAUUGCAGCUGCAGAGUCUUCCUCUAAGCUCCCUCCUAUAUCGAGCAUUCCUCUCAUGUUCGACGACCUCGUGAGCCAUAUCCCGGAAAUAAAGGAUGUAGCGAUUCAGAUCGCAGGUCGAAAACUACGCGUCGCAACUAUGUGUUCCGGCACAGAAUCUCCUCUUCUGGCCCUCGAAAUGAUCACAAGCUCCAUACGAGAGCAAUACGACGUCAAUGUCCAGAUACAACACGUGUUUUCGUGCGAGAUUGAGCCUUUCAAGCAGGCGUACAUUGAACGCAACUUCCAACCACCCCUUCUCUUUCGCGAUGUCUGUGAGCUGGGCGAGGACGAGGCGCACACUGCUUAUGGGUCAUUGGCUCCAGUUCCCGGCGACGUGGAUAUGCUGAUCGCAGGCACUUCAUGUGUCGAUUACUCAAAUCUCAAUAACGAAAAGCAGGACAUAGAUGCCAACGGCGAGUCUGGACGAACAUUCCGUGGCAUGAUGUCGUGGGUUAAAAGGCAUCGACCGCCCAUCGUCAUCCUUGAGAACGUUUGUUCCGCGCCAUGGACCAAAGUUAAAGAGUAUUUCGAAGAGAUCGACUAUAGUGCGGAGUUCAGUCGAACGGACACCAAGUUCUACUACGUGCCUCAUACUCGUACCCGAGUUUACCUUUUGGCCGUGAAUAAGCGCGGUUCCAGCAUCCCCGCAACGUGGAAAGACUGGGUCGUCAACAAGUUGAAGCGUCCUGCAACCUCUUCUCUCGACGCCCAUUUGCUGCCUGCUGACGAUCCUCGUAUACAUCAAGCGCGCCAGAAACUCGUUAGCGAGAGUGCACAUGCUCUAGACCGCCGUGUAGGUCGAACGGAUUGGAGCCGAUGUGAGUCUCGUCAUCAAAGAGCGAGGUUAGAGGAGCAACUUGGGGAUAAGCGUCCGUUGACCAGUUGGGACGAUGGUGGUUAUUGCAAGCUUUCCGUGGAUGGCUGGGGUGAUUGGGCCACAGGUCAGGUUGAGCGUGUAUGGGACUUGAUGGACAUCAGUCUUCUGCGUUCAGCUAAGCAAGGUAUUGACCCCGCGUAUAAAACGUUGGUAUGGAACCUGUCGCAAAAUGUAGACCGAACUAUUGGUUCUAGCAAACCAGGCAUAUGCCCUUGCCUCACCCCAUCCAUGAUCCCGUACAUCACCAACCGCGGCGGCCCCAUGGUCGGUAUUGAGGCGCUUGGAAUGCAGGGGCUUCCCGUCGACAAAUUGUUGUUGACGCGAGAAAGCGAAGAUCAGUUGGCAGAUCUUGCUGGUAAUGCGAUGUCUACAACCGUAGUUGGGGCAUGCAUGCUCGCUGCACUGGUAUCGGCCAAGAAGCUUCUCAAAGCUGGAGACGAUUCUCGCAGUUACGAAUCCAAGGCUGGCUUGAUGGAAGACGUCGCUGAAGAGGAGGAGAUGGUUGUCGACACAAUUAACGAAGACAUCGCUCCUGUGGACAAGCGAAUCGUCGGGGAAGAUGAAUUAGAUGAACGACCAUUGGACCUUUCCGUUACUGGGAAGCUAGCCUGGUCCCAACUAUUACUGGAUGCGAUGAGAAGCUCCCGUCUAUGUUACUGCGAAGGCCGGGUAGAUAUGACGACUCAACCUCUCUUUCGUUGCGUUGAUUGCCAGACGUCGUUCUGCAAGAAGUGCGGAGGGCGUCCAGAACAUAAUCCGGAACUCGCCAACGUUGGGGCUCAGCUGCGUCUCCCACCAUCCGAUUUUGCAAGGGAGCUCAAGUCCACCCUCCCUAUGUCUAUCACUCUCCGUGGCGUCACGAUGGAGGUACUCAAUGAUCUUAGGGAUAAUUGCAAGGCACUCGUCCCGGAGAAGCGCUGGACAAAGUGGGCCGACGCCGUGCUUCGCGCUUCAACCCAGCAACUCCGUUUUGUUGAGCCCAAACGCCAGGAGAUCUGGUCGGCGGUGUACGAUUCGUCAGAUGCCCUGCUCGAGCUCCUCAUGCACCCCCAGCAACCCGAAUGGCUGCUAUACGCCAAGCCCAAAGCAGAUGAAGCGGCGGACGCCGACAUACGGACGAUCUUGCGACACCCUGUAGGCAGGCUUCAAUGCAAAGGAGGACUAUUUGAUGGAGAAUGGCAAUUUGCUUUCCCUCAUGACUUCUCCGUCCCAAUCACCAUCACGGGCGAGGGUGACCUGGUUCCAUCGUGGGAGCAACGUUUGGGCCUACAGGGUGACGAAUUCAAAGAUCGCAAAGUCUUCUCGAAGCUCGUUAUUGACGUCCCAGAGGAGCUUGCAGAGCACAUGGACCGUAAUAUUGCGGGGACAUAUAAACUGCUCGAGAGAUGUGGUACCGCGAAUGGCGCCUUGCAUCGCAAAGAGUCAGCUGAGGAGUCCAGUUUGCCACCAUUAUUUAUGUUGCUGGAUCCUCAUAGAACCGACGACACGCAGGAUUCAUUCGUCUUCUCCACUAGCAUGAGGCGCUACGAAUAUGGCGAAACUCGACCCAUUGUUUGCAAGCUUGCUCAUACUUGGAGACAGUCCUCAAAAGCGGGCGCGCAGAAAGUUGAUUGUAUUCUGCCGAGCCAAUGGAUCGCCUCUAAGGUAGUCAAGUUAGAGCCUUUCGCCUUGGAGGGUGCUCGCUUCUCCAUGCCGAACAAGGCACUCGAUAUUGCCUUGGAUUUGGACGCUUGCCGUAGUGCAAUGGCUUUCCUCGUCUGUCGAGUACCAUUUGGAUCUGACGCCGGACCUGAAUGGCCACGAGGUACAUGGAGAGAGGUGGAUAGAAUCAACGAGCGGAGCAUCUUCCGAAGCCUGGCAUGGCUACUGGAGCGUAUUUGCCAUGACGAUCAGUCUUUCACGUCAUGGCAAACAAUCGACCAUUCGGACAUAUGCGAGAGCUGCGAACGAUGCGCUCCGAGUGCGCCGAAGCUUAAAUGGAUGACUGUUAAGCGGAAGUCGGUUGCGGUAGAAAACACCAUCCAGGCCGGGGAAUAUGAACGAAGGCUCAAGCGGCGGCCCAGUCCUUUCGUCACCCAGUUAAUGCUGAAUGAGGAUGGAGUAGGUACCGUCAAGAUUGGUCUCAACGUCCCUACGCUUCUCCAUAGGGCUGUGCCACGCCUCCCCAACGUCCAUCCUGAUAGCCAAGUCACACUCUCGUGGCGACUUGAUACGAAUUUCACUCCUUCCGUCCAUAUUGACCUACCCAAGUUCGUACUACGCAGUAACAAGCAGGACAAGAAACAUGCCCAGCCGCCGCACUUCAAACUCAAGCUUCGAGUAGAACAACUCCGGUCUCUUGAAUGGAUGGUCGCUCAAGAAGCAAAGACUGCGCCACCGUUUAUUGAGGAGGAGAUAUCAGAGGCAAUGCUUGACGCUUUAGGAUGGAGAGCGGAGGGACGGGUUCAGCGGAGCGUUAAGAUUCGUGGCGGCGUUCUGGCUGAUCAAGUAGGGUACGGAAAGACCGCCAUUACACUAGCCCUCAUCGACGUAAUGGCAAACGAAGUCGAAGAGGAAAUGAGCAAAGUAGACGAUCUACCCGGAAAGAUCCACACCAAGGCCAGCCUUAUCGUCGUCCCGCCACAUCUGACAAGACAAUGGGCUUCUGAGGCAAAGAAAUUCGCGGGCAAACACUUCAAGGUCGAAGUUAUCACCACCGCAUCGAAUCUCAACUCCCUUACGAUCGAGGACGUGCAAAACGCUGAUUUAGUUGUCGUCGCGUCCAAUCUGUUCAAGAGUAACGUGUACUUGGAUAAUCUACAAGAACUAUCAGCCGGGGGAGAUUUACCUGCACGAGAGGGACGACAUUUCAAUGCUGGCGUGGACGUAAGUUUAGCUUCGCUUCGAAAGCAAGUCGACCGCCUGCGAGACGAAGGUUCCGCAGCCGUCCUCAAGGAAAUUAAAGACGCCCACCAUCGUGCGGAGGUAGAGGCAGCGGCAGAGCUCAAGGCGCUUCAGUCUAAACGACUCAAAGGCAAGUCGUACCGUGAGGCAGUGGAUGCGCAGAAGAAACCAAAGCCCACGCCGAUCGAGCCCAAAGCGCAAGCCCCGAAGCCAAAACGCGAUGUGUGGCCAGAGGACCUUGUUGAGGUGGUCAUUCCCAUUGCGAGGUCAGACGCUUCCUCCGUUCCUCCUUCGUCCGCUCCUCCCUCUGCUACGGAGGAUUCUGAGGAGGAGUCCGAUGUUCCCCGGAAGCGUGUACGAACCAGGACGUCUGCCCCAAUCAUGGUUCUGUCCGAAUCGGAGAGUGAUGAAGAGGAAAUUGUGAAGCCCAAGAAGGCUGUCAAGCCUGCUGCUUCACGGAUUCGAAAGAAACCGGUUGAAGAAUCCGACUACGAGCACACUUCCGAUGCUGAGCCGUCCUCCUCCGAAGAAAGCGACUUCGUUGUCAAUGAUUCGUCUGAUGACGAUUCGAAGAGCAAGGCGAAAUCCAAGUCGAAGCCCAAGUCGAAGCCCAAACCAAAACCCAAGGUCGUACGCAAGGCCACUUCAAGCAAUACGUCUGGUGCCAGUUCGACAGAGGCGGAGACUGACGACAUGGACGUCGAUGACGCUCCGUCUAAGAAGAAGAAGGUAGCGACGAAGAAACGCAAGGCUGACGAUGACGACGGGAGACCGACGAAGAAGCAACGGCGACAAGACUCGGACCCUUGGAAAUUGGGCUCCGCUGCGAAGAAGGAUUGGACGCAAAUGCGUGCACCACCUAUGGAGAUGUUCCAAUUCGCACGGGUUGUUGUUGAUGAAUACACGUACUUGGAUGGGAAAGUCCAUUCGUUAGUUACGAGGCUUACGGGCAACCGUCGUUGGGUUCUUUCUGGUACCCCGCCUAUCCACGAUUUCACUGCUGUCAAAUCUAUUGCAGCUUUCCUUGAUCUGCAUCUGGGUGUGGACGAUGACGGUGAAGGACAAUCUGCAGAAGUGAGGAAGCGCAGAAGAGAACAAACUGCGGUGGAAAAAUUCCAUUCUUUCCGCGAGGUGCAUAGCUUGGAGUGGCAUGCUCAUAGACACCAAGUAGGACAGGCUUUCCUUGAUCAGUUUGUCCGACAGAACAUCGCUGAGAUCGACGAAAUCCCAUGGGUUGAGGACAUUCGCAAAGUGACGCAGACCGCCUCGGAAUACGCGAUAUAUCUUGAACUAGAGCACUACCUACAAGCGCUGGAGAUGACUAUGAAGAAAACUCGCAAGAGCGAGAGCGAUCGUGACAAGCGCCUUCUAAAGGCCCUGGGAGAGAGCAAGACCGCGGAAGAGGCGUUGCUCAAAUGUUGCUCGUAUUUCGAUUUGCAGACGGAUCAAGAAAACUCCAUGAAGGCCUGCGACGUUAUUGUGAAGGAACGCAAGAAGCAGUUGCAAGAAUGUAUGGCCGAGCUCUUGCAGUGCCUCAAACAGGCUGUCGCUCGGGAGAAGGAUCUAGUCGAAAAAGGCGACGUUGCCAAGGAAUCUCUGUUUCAUGAGUACGUCCGUGUCACCCGUGGCGGAGACGAUGCUGUUGGCGACAAAGAGGCCCGGGAGAUGAUCGUCGAUCUACUGGACAAAGCUGGCGCCAAAGUUACCAGCCGCAAGGGCAAGAAGGACGACUCGCAACUCAGCGAGAAGAUGAAAGAGAAGGUCUGGGAGCACCGCGAGAAAACACAUGAAAUCCGUCGGUUAGGCAAGGAGUUGGUUGGACGUGUGCGGUCGCUGCGAUACUUCAAUGUGGUUCGCGAUUUCCAAAAGCAGUCAGACACUCCUCCGGAUGUGAGUUGCCCCAGAUGCGAACGAGAGAAUCUGCCCGUGGAGGAGAUUUCGGUGUUGUCGUCUUGUGGGCAUACGGGGUGCACAGCAUGCGUGAAGCAAUGGGCGGCGAAGGAGGAGUGCGUUUACGCAAAGUCUGGCGCCUGCAAGUCGGCCGCAAGAGACUACAAUAUCAUCGCUGUCAAAGAUCUAGGCGUAGACGAUAAAGAACGAGAGGGUAAAGGUCGUCACUAUGGCAUGAAGCUAGAAAAGAUCGUUAAUAUGAUCAAGAAAGAUAUCCCGAAGGAUGAGCGUGUUCUUCUCUUCGUUCAGUUCCCCGAUUUGAUGAAGAAAGUCGCGGAAGCUUUGGGCGACCACAAGAUCAAGUAUCUCGAAAUCAAGGGAACGGCUCAUCAGAAGAGCAAGAACUUGGAGAAAUUCCAGAACGACAGCGAGGAACGCGUGCUUCUUCUCAACGUCAUGGACGAGAGCGCAAGUGGAGCAAACUUGACAUCUGCCAACCAUGCGAUAUUCAUGUCGCCGUUGCUGGCACCGACGAAGGAGAUCUACCAGAUGUGCGAGACGCAAGCGAUUGGGCGUUUGGUACGGUUCGGGCAAACGAAACUCGUACAUGUCUAUCGGUUCCUUGCCGAAAAGACCAUUGAUGAGAGGAUCUAUGAGGAGAGGAAGGACGUUAUGAUGCAUGAUCAUUAA